AUCAACGAUACGAUUCAUAAGAAAUGUCGCAAAAUGAAAUUGGAACAGAAACAUCCAACUCGAAGAUUGCCAUCAACCGUCAAUUUGAAUCCUCUCGCAAAUGCGAAUAAUCAACCGCAAAGCGACGCGUAAAACAACGCACCGCUGUGAACAAGAAAAACGCGACGAUAACACUGGUCUCAACUGUCAAAUGCACUUCCUCACAAAUUUGCAUAUCGCUCAGCGGAACGGACGAAUUUGGUGUGAGGCACGCUACGCUUAUCACACUUAUUGGUUCCUUAUUUAACACGAAGAGCACUCCGAUAUCACGAACUGCCAAGGAAUUAAUCGGACGGAAUAACAGUGAGUAAUUCUAUAUUUGGAAGCCACUGCGAGGGAAAUUGUCGGUACUGACAAAGAUCCGGAGUGAGCAAGGUGGUCAUAACUCACGGAGUAAAAUAAACCACAACGAAGACCAUUCGACAUCAUCACGCGUUAGAGUGAAAGUGUGAAUCAGGUAAUUCAGAGCGGGUGCUCAUCUCGAACGAUUGUCACUAAUUCACAAAGGUUUCACAGAAAUCACACAAUUGCGGAAGGCGAGGUUGACGUCACGAGAUCAGUCGCUAGGAAAAAAUUCACGUGUCGCACUCCCGCACGGAUUGCAGUGACAGACAAAUACGAAGGGGAUCACACAGGCCCCCUUAUUUUUCAGAUUGCAAAUCAGCACAUCAUCGCAUUGUCUAGCGUCGUGUGACGUCAUCAUUCACCGUAUUGCAAGAGUAUCGAAAGCGAUCUUAAGUCAGUUGCUGACAUUGUGGAGCGAGAAAAGUCACACCGUGCAAUGGUGCGGAUCUGGUCCAGCGGAUGGCAUGAGUAAGCGAAGAGCUGGUUAGUUUUGCAUGCUGGCAUUUAGGAAGGUGAGCGGCAGUGAGGCGGAGGUUGGAUCAUAGGCUGGCGUAUAUGAAUAGAGUCGGGAUGGCGAUGGCAUGAGUAAGUGAAGAGCGGGAGAGAAAUGCAUGCAGGAACAUAAGGUUAGUGAACGGUACCGAGGAGGAUGUUAGAGGCUAAGGAAUAAAUAGUAAUGAAAGUAAAUGAAAAUGCAUGUUAGAAUUAGGUAAUAGUAAGAGGAGGAAGAAAUAAGUUGAGGGAGAAAAUUAGGAGAGAGAAGGAGAAGAUGGAAUGUCGGGGGAUAGCAUGUAGGAUUGAAUACAUUAUCAUGUGACAGUAUCGUAACACCUUUUUAUUUGAGUUGGUGCACAUUGCCCUUAGUGUUUGUGUUUUGGUCCACUUUUGGUAGUUCUGCUCUACCCACAGCUAAAACAUUGUAACACUGGCGCCCAACCAAAAAUCCACAAAAUUUGAACUACCGUUAGCAAUUGUUUUAUUUGGUUUGUAAUAUAUUUGGCUUUGUGAGUUGAAACACUGUAAGGUAUUUGGAAAUUUAACUUUUACGCAAAAAUUCGACAUGGAUCACUCACACCUAACGAGUGAAGAAGUAGAUUACGAACUAGCUCUACGCCAUGUGCUAAAUUUAAGUCGCACCACACAUCGUGGUAAGGUAAUUCGUCUUAAAGCGCUCAUAGAGCAAGAGUCGUUAAGUGACAUGAAACCGACUAGCUCCGAGCAUGUUAUGAGUGCACUGGACAACAUUAACGUUUGCCAGACACAGUUAGAUCAGCUCCACCUUCAGACGGAGGCAGCGAUCCUCGCAGUCAAUACCGCGGACAUGUAUGAAUUAAGAUCCCGAAUAAUUCAUUAUCAAAACCGUUUACGUUUGAUAAAUCCACCAGUAGAACUGAACGACACAUAUACACUUCUCGUCUUCAACGUGGAAGACUUAUAUAAAAAAGUUUGUGACGCGUUAUCAGUAAAUAGUGAUCAAAAUGACAGUGCGAAACACUCUCUCCCAAAGAGUACAGGUACAAGAAGAAAAUCCACGAGCCCAGAAGACGGAGCAGCAGGAGGAUUCGAUACAUCAGAUAUCAGCCCAUUUCCACCUACGGACACACCAGAAUCUCAUCAACGGUUAGCUAAUAAUGGAGGACGAGGGCGUGGACGAAAACUGGUUACACCAAACUCGCCGGAAGGUCAUCAUUCCAUAUUAUUCGGAAACAAUAGGUCGACGUUACAACAGGAGCAUCAGGCACAGCAAGAUAGAAGCAGAGCGAACCAGGAUUCAACCGAUUAUCAUAGGCUGCGCGAUGGGCUAUUGAAUCAUCUGCUGCAGAUAGUACGAGUUCCCCCAGCGCGAGCAGACGAAAGGAGGAUGCUGAAAGCUGUACACAACUGGCCAUUUAAAUUCCGAGGAGAAAAAGACACCACGUCACUCAACGUAUUCCUAGAUCGUGUGGAAACGUUCGCUAGAUCAGAGGGUAUGAAUGAUGAAACGCUGUUGAGCAGCAUCAAACAUCUACUACAUGAAGACGCUCUCGAAUGGUACGCCCGAGCAACGUUACAGAACCGACUACUGUCUUGGCGCGCUUUCAAGCAAGAAAUUCGGAAAGAAUUCCUUCCUAGCGGAUACUCACAGAUUCUUAGAUUAGAGGCCAGCUUUCGAUUUCAGGGCGUUAAUGAGUCAUUUGCUAAGUACUACCGAGAUAUUUCGGCAUUGUUUCGAUUCGUAGAACCACCCAUUCCAGAAAAUGAAAAGCUCUUUACAGUAAAAAAAAAUAUGAAUGCGGACUACGCAGCCAUUGUGACAGCGGCAAGACCGCAAACACUAGAUGAGUUGGUAGAUAUAUGUACAAGCUACGACGAGACUAGGAUGCUCUUGAACAGACAACGGAGAGUUCCGAUCCCGCACACGGCGCUACUCGAACCGAACUUUGCAACACCGAUGCCUACUACCAAACCAACGUUCGCCCAACAGCAGUCUCAUCGUCUCAACAGGGUGCACGCCGUCGAAAAAGAAGAGUUCAUGGAUGAGGAAUUGUCUCCGCUACAACAGGUCUCGGAAUCGCAAAAAAAUACAGUGCACUGGAAGGAAGAAGUUUGGCAGAACCAAAUGGAUGAACUCCUUGAGCAGGUCAAUGCUCUAAAAAUGAGUUUCGAUAAAAAGAACCAGAGAUCAGACACAGCGACACAGAGUAAUCACAAUUCUCGAGUCGUCAACAGUUUCAGUCGUUCGGAAACGGACAAAUAUCAGCAGUUUCAUCAUCAACCGAGAGAGCCAGCUACUUUUUCGCAACUACAGUGGACACAACGCGAAACAAUUCAAGAACAACUUCCAGUGAGCCAACAACGAGGCCGACAGAGUUGGCACGCCGAUCGAAUCAACCCAACUGCAAGAGGAAAAGAAAACAUAGUUGAACGAAGGCAUGACACGCAACAACCGUAUGAACAUCAUCUACCACCUUCAUCAGAGGCGUAUUGCGGGAUACAACGAACUGUACAAGACCAUCAACGACACGUGAUGACUUGUUGGAACUGUGACGAGGAGGGACACCGAUUCAUGGACUGUCCGAAACCACAGGCAAUCUUAUUCUGCUAUCGAUGUGGAAGGAAAGGUUACUCGUUACGUAGUUGCUUCACGUGCCGGACAGACGCGGGAAACCAGCUGGCGGAGAACGAACAAUAGAGAGGA